AUGUGGAUGCCCCGAGUGGUCCUUCUGGUGCUGCCAGUGGCGAGCAUCCGCGAAAUUGACAAGAUCUGGGGAGGCACUGACGGCAUCAAGCGCCUACUUCGUGGAUCUUCAGGAAGCCUUGGACAUCUCACUGGCACCAGUACGCAUGAUCUUGGAAUCUUUAAAGGAACAGCAGACCUACAACAUCUGCGAACUGCAGUCGCCUCUGCCCUCAGCAGCCCAUAUUCGAUUGUGACCUUCUCAACACCUGCAUGGGAGAUCCCACUGGACAUGUCAGAGGACCCGCCGUACCUCCAUGCUUUUCAGCAGCUCAACGCCAGCUUUGCGCAGUAUGCGGCAACGCGCAACAGCAUCUACUUGUCUUCGAACUCCGGAAAGUUCAUGCAUGGAGUGGAGACACUGGAAACCGAUGGCUCUGCCGAGCAUGCUGCUCUGGGUUUCGAGUCUGGCAGUAGAGUACCAGCCUCCGAAGUGGAGGACAACCUUGCCGCAAAGCACCUGGUGAUUCAAGCGAGUUACCCCGGUGGCCCAGCGUACUUUGGCCAUGCCAUCGACAACGUGUUUCCCAGAGUGCUGAGCAUCCUCCCGGGCGCCAAGCUGGCUGGUCACAGAGUGUCGGUGGUUGUGCCACAAGUGUCCCGUGAGUUUUUCAGUCACAACACCCAAGUCCUUUUUGAGCGGAUGGGUGUCCAGGUCUUGGAGGAGAUCCCGCAGACCCCUCACCGGAUGGCAGGUGUGACAAAUGUGGCGUCUUGGGAUCGACUGAUGCGGCAGAACACUCGCAACAUCAUCCGUGAGGAGUUGUUUCGCGGCUUGACUCCGGCGGCUUGUGCGGAUGGUACCGCUGGAGGGGACUGGUCCAACGUCUUCCUCUCCCGUCGCAGUGGUACUCGCAACGGUCGUGCGGUUGAGGGCGAGGAGGUCUUGGAAGAGAAGCUGCAAGAGAGCGGUUUUCACAUCCUAGACGACCCGGGGAAAUGGCCUGUUGAUGAGCUCGCCAGGAAGCUUUACACGUCGACUUGCCGUCUCGUUGGCUUUGCUGGAACAGCGUUGUUGAACCUGGUAUUCCUCCCAAACGGAGCAAAGCUUGUCGAGUACAACCCCACGGGCCUGUAUGCUGACUACUGGGAAUGGGCUCAUGCUCUGAACAUGAGCUAUGUGCAUGCCGUCCCGAGUUUGAGCAUUAGUGCGGAUGAAGCAGACCGCUUGGUCCAGCUCGCGACAGCAUAG